AUGCCACCAAAACCACCAAACGAUAAUUUAUUUGGCAGCUGUAGAUCUGUAGAUGGCAUCAGUUUGGGCAUCAAAUAUGAGCUGAUGACAUCAGAGUACAAAAGAUUGGGAGAAGAACUGGUACAGCUCAAAACAGACAGAUAUUCCUGGCAUGAUGCUUUUACACAAUGUAUUUUACAGAACACUCUUAUUGCAUUUGCCAAACGAGAAAGCAUUAAUAUUAAAGACUACUGCGAUUAUGCGUUAGCUCGAUUGGACGAGACAAAAUCAAGAUGGUCGGAAGGGGAACGGAAAGAAAUCGCGACGGUAUUAGAAAGACUUUUAGAAGCUAGUGAAAUGCAACAAGAACCAGUUUUUUCAGAAGAUGACGAAACCUGGGAUGAUCUCCGAUCAAAUAAACGUGACGAAAUUGUCGAAGUGCACAAAUAUUUUGACAAAUCUAAAGGUCUUAAACGCAAUGUAUACCCCACAUUUGAUGACUCCAACUACCUCAAUGAUGAUCCGACUUAUUUUGAAGAAGAACCCCGCAGAAUUGACGAAACAGCUUUUGGUAGUCCUGGACAAGUCAAGGCCUACCUGCGUGUCCUGGACCAGCUCUCUGACUCAGCCAAACAAUCUGGUCUUUUUGAUCCUGACUUUCCUGCUAAUGAUGAUUUCAAAGAUGAAGAGCGAGGCAUUGAAGGUUCCAUGACCUCAGACAGUGAACCUAAUUUUGGUAAAUAUUUCAUUUGUAUUCUUAAAGACUCAUUAAAUGAAGCAAAAGUAGCAGAUGAGAAUGAUAUUGCCACAUCUCUGGAGACAGAGGCUCUCAAAAAAGGAGGUGAAGAUGAUGCAAAUAGAGAAGAUGGAGGUUAUCUUACUGUAGCUCCACCUGAUGAAAAAGCUCUUGAAGAUCUGAUGGCAGGUAAUAUGGACCCCCAUGACCUAGAUUUAGACCAAUUGAAAAGACUGAUGAGAAUAGUAGAGGUCAUGGUGAGAGACCUGGACAAUCAAGAAUCAGAAGAGACUCUAUCAUCAGAAUCUGAAAUGAUGGAACCUAUCCAGAUUCCUGACAAUGCUCUGAUUGAAGAUGACAUUACCAAUGAUGAUGUCAUCAUUCCCAGUAAACUAGUCUCUGCUGGUGAAAAACUCAGUCUUGAUAAGAAAGCUAUAGUUAAGGAAACCAAAAAAGAAAAAGAUCCAGAAGAUGAAAAUAAAACAGUAAAACCAGAAGAUCUAGUUGAUAUGAGAUAUACCUAUAUACAAUUAAAUAGAAAUAUUGAUGAAGUCGAAGGUGGAGCAUUUUUGGAAGGUUUUGCAUCUAUUAUAAACCUUCCUACAUCAGCCAUUAACGAUGUCAUGACUUUUGGAGACAAGAUAACGUUUGAAGUUUUACCCAAUCCUAAAUAUAAUGCUUCUACAGUUGCAAACCAAGCUGGUGUGUUCCUAUAUGUAGUCUUUUUGUUGUGUAUGUUGAGCAUCUAUGAUGAGUGUGGUUCCAGGCAGGAUAAUGAUGAUGUUAUUGAGAAAUUAAAAUCUCUAACUGGGUUGACCAUUGUUAAAGCUGGUAUCGGCAAAGAGAACCAAGUAGAAGUAAAGAAGAAUGAUAAUAAAUAUGUGGUACUAACUUUUAUAUUGGUUGGAUGUAUUGCUGGUAUACUACUGGCCGUGGUAGUCAUCUACCUAAUCAAACGGCAAUCUCGAUCCAAGGAAAAACUUGCUGAGUUGGCAGAUAAUGUGGAGGGCAAUGAAGCCUCUAAAGACUAUCAGGAUCUCUGCCGCCAACGCAUGCAGAGCAAGACAUCUGAUAAACCUGAACCCCUGCACGCUGCUGGUCGUAUUGGCAGCGUCUCUGACAAUGUCCGUAGUCCUUCGAGUCGUAGCAGCACCUCCUCAUGUCUUGUCUGGCUGUUACAAGAAAAGGGUGCUAGAAAAACACGGUCAAUUGAACGCUUGCUGGCUAACCUGGGUGCCAAAGUUUACUUUGAGGCUCCCUAG